GCUCUGAUUGGCUCCCUGGCGGCCGUGGCCACGCCCCCUCCGCGGUGCACGCUGGGAAGGCCUCAGCAGCGCGGUCGGUGGCUCCGUGGGUCCGGAGGACGAGACCAUUACCGACGAUGCCCCCCCCCCGCUGCCGCCAGUGCCCCCACCCGGCCGCCCUCAUCCGCCCCCGCUGCGGGACCCCCCUAUGCGGCCCCUGCUUCGUGACCCGCUUCGAGGCCGAGUUCCUGCUGUCCCUGACCCCCCCCCCAGGCUCCAGGAUCCCGGCACCGGCUCCGGGAUCCAAGGUGGCCGUGGCAGCCUCGGGGGGCAAGGACUCGACGGUGCUGAGCCACCUGCUCCAGCGCCUGGCGCCGCGGCUGCGCCUGCGCCUGGCGCUGCUGGCGGUGGACGAGGGCAUCGCCGGCUACCGCGAGGCCGCGCUCGGGGCCGUGCGGCGCAACCGCGGGCGGGAGCCGCUGCUGGUGCUGGCGCAUAAGGAGGUGUUCGGCUGGAGCGUGGAUGAGGUGGGAGCUGUGCUGGGCAAUGGGUCCCGGUGCACGUUCUGUGGGGUGCUCCGCAGGCAGGCGCUGGAGAGGGCGGCGAGGGGGAUGGGAGCUGACUGCAUCGCUACUGGCCACAACGCUGAUGACAUUGCUGAGACUUUGCUGAUGAAUUUCCUGCGUGGGGACAUUGCAAGACUGCGGAGAACAGCCCCCCCCUCCGCGCCUGCGCAGCCGCUGCCGCCGGUGCCCCGCUGCAAGCCCCUGCGCCACGCCUGCGAGAAGGAGAUCGUCCUCUACGCCCACUUCCGGCGCCUGGAUUACGUCAGCACCGAGUGCGCGCACGCGCACAGGGCCUUCCGCGGCCACGCGCGCGCGCUCCUGAAGGCCCUGGAGGCCUCGCGCGCGGCCGCGGUGCCGGCGCUGGGCCACUCGGGGCGGCGCUUGGUUGUGACGUCACCCAAAGGGGGAGGGACUUCCGGUGACGCGGGGGGUCACGCCCCCCUGCGCGCAUGCGCGCGGUGCGGGUUCGGCAGCAGCCGCGCGCUCUGUAUGACGUGUGUCCUGCAGGGGGCGCUGGGGGGGGGGAGGCCGCGGGUGGCGCUGGGUAAGAGGGGCCUGGAGGAGGGACCAUAA